AUGGAAGAACAAAUCCAGCAAACCACAAAACAGGUGCUCGUGGGGGCUGGCCACCUUCUGGCGUUUCUUAGUCAACAGGGCGUGCCCAUGAAACCUCUCCCCAACCCUCCCACGCUGCUGCAGUCGCAAAUGGACAAGUCUGUGGCCGGCUUCAACUCUGCAUUGGACCACAUGAGUGUCAACAUUGAGUCAGCUCUGGAGUUUCUGGAGCUCGAAAAGCACCGGCUAGGGCUGGUUCAGAAUGAAAAGGUCAAGGCCGAGUCCGAGCCCGAGGUGACCGUGAAGACGGAGCCUGCGGAAACGGAAGACUCCAAGGAGUUCACCAUCGAUGGCAUGGACGCAUCACACGCCAUUGACCUAGACGGCGCAUUCGACGACUUUGGCAGCAACGACGUGGAUAUCAACGCCAUGCUAGGCGAUGGCAAGGACGGAAACAAGGACGGAAUCAUGAUGGACGACGAGCUGUCCAACCUCCUGGCGGAUGGAGAAAACGGAGGCGGAAACAACGCAGGCAACACUACGGGAAUCGCAGACGACGAUAUGGAGGGGCUGUUUGGGGACGGCUUUGAUUUCGUCUCGUAUGAUCAAUAA